AUGGAUGCGUGUUUUACUGCUUUUGAUAAAGAUGGAGAUGGAUAUUUAUCUCUUGCAGAAUUUGAACUAAUUUGUCGUGCAUUAUUUCGUAAUGAUCGUGGAAAAAUUUACACUCUUGAAAAAAAACAGUUGAAUGAAAUAUAUAAUAUAUUUGAUUGGAAAGGAGAUGGAAAGAUUGACAGGGAAGAAUUCGAGAUGUGCUGGAAUCGUUGGAUUAAAAUAUGCUGUCGUCCAAAAAGUGCUUUUCUGAUUGUAGAUGUACAAAAUGAUUUUAUUACAGGUUCCUUAAACAUUAAGCAAUGUGCUGCACAGCAUGAUGGUUCAGAAGUGAUUGAGCCAAUCAAUCGUUUAUUAGAAACUGUACAAUUUGAUGCUGUGUUCUACUCUCUUGAUUGGCAUCCUGUAGAUCAUGUCUCUUUCAUUGAUAAUUUACAUCUUAGGGAAGUUGAUUCUAGUAGUGAAAUUUCAAAAGAAGCAGCACAAGUUUAUGAUACGGUUACAUUCAAAGGGCCACCACUACUAUCACAACGUCUUUGGCCACGUCAUUGCAUACAAGAUUCUUGGGGUGCAGAGCUUCAUAAAGACCUAAAGAUCAUCAAUAAUGCAAUUAAAGUAUACAAAGGUACAAAUCCAGAAGUGGACUCAUAUUCCGUGUUUUGGGAUAAUAAAAAGUUGCAAGAUACCACAUUGUCCUCGCAAUUACAAGAGACAGGAGCAACAGACAUAUAUAUUUGUGGAUUAGCAUAUGAUGUUUGUGUUGGAGCUACUGCAGUUGAUGCACUUAAAAGUGGAUACCGAACUAUCCUCAUUGAUGACUGUAGUCGAGGGGUAGAUCUUGUGGAUAUAGAAAAGACUAAAUCUACAGUUAUAGCUAAUAAUGGUGUAAUUGUGAACUCAAAUCAAGUAAAAGCAAUGGUUGAAGGAAAGGAUCGUCGACCAGAGCUUGGAUAUAAGUUAGCUUUGGAAAUUAAACAAAAAUUUAAUACUGUAGAUAACAAUGACAAAUGUUAGUUUGACAUUUAACUAACAAUUUAUGUCAAUUAAAAACUAGUAUAAAAGCUUGUUUAAAAUUGAUACAUGAAUUUAUUAAAUAAAUAUGACAUUGCAUGUCAUAAAUAGUUUUAAAUUUCUAAUAUGUAUUUAAUGAACUAGAA